CUUGGCUCUGUUCUGAGUGCUUCGGCAGCCCAACUCAGUCGUCCCGAACAUGAGCUCUGCGGACCCUCGACUUCCUCAGAUCCCUACUGCCACAACUUCGGUAUCGCCAGCCCGACUAUGUCCAGCCAACCUACUGGAACAGUUAGUCGGCAGUUAUCUACAUGUGGUCUCGUUUGUCCCACACGGGUCUCCGAAAAGAUCCAGCAACUCGUGAACACUCUUCAGCGUCCUAAAAGGCGACCUCUACCGGAAUACUUCAUUGAUGAAGAUGAUCAAGUGCUCGUUCAGCCGGUUCAAGAUCCCAACGCUCCAUGCCCUCGCGGAGCACCGACUGAGCCCCUUGUCGGCGAGAAGCUAGUGGUACCUUCUGGCCUCCCACGCAACAUCGAGUCAGCACUGCAGCGUUAUGCAGGCCUGAUUGGCAAAACCCCAGCACUUACCUGUAUGGACAUCUCUGGCAGAUCGGUUCUCGUACUAACCUACGCAAAACUGUUACAGAGGUCAACUCGAAUAGCUUUCCUUCUGCUUAAUAAACUGGGCCAUCGGGGAGAGCUGAGCCUCAAGCCUAGGGAUCGCGUAGCCCUGGUCUACACCAGCAACGAUCCCGUCUCCUUCCUCGUCGCCUUCUACGGCUGCUUACUUGCCAGCGUUUUGCCUAUUGCAAUUGAGGUGCCCUCAUCCCGCAAGGAUGGAGCCUCCCAAGACAUGGGCUUUCUACUCAGCAGCCAGGAUGCGCGCGUUGUUCUAACCAAUGAGCACGUCUACAAGUCCCUUCAGCGUACUGCAUCUGGCGACGUCGCUCCUCUCCCCGGCUGGCCCAACGUAACGUGGAUUAAUACAGAUCACCAUGGCGCUGGUGCUCGUAAGCCUCCUAAGGACUGGGUGCUUCCGGAGCGCCUUCCUCCCGACGAAACUAUGUACAUUGAAGUAAGUUUCAUAUGGUACCACUCCUCAAUAUGCCGUUUUAUGCCUACACUUUGA